AUGAAAUGGAAUGGCAGAGCCCCGAAAAACCCUGAUCAGACCAUGAGUAGUUCGACGACAGUUCGCUCGGCAUUGAAAGAUCGAUGCUUCGUUGUCUUCCCGAACUCGAUGCUGCUUACUCUCGAGUCACAUCUACUUGAAAAAACUUCCACAAUAGAGCACUGCCGAGCAGAGUGUUCGAGAAAAGGCGUCACUGGGGGACGACCAUGCGGUGCCUUGAACUGGAUUCCCCACACCAAAGGCUGUAUGUUGUUCGAGGUCGGAUACGACAAGCGACUGAUCAUGCCGAGCUCCCACGUACACUUUCUCGUGAACAAAUGCGCAGAAGGCGCCAAGAGUCAGAACGAGACGGAAGGAGCACUCUCACGAUCACCAUACAAGGAGUUCAGCUUCACCGCGGAGGGGACCGCAUAG